CACUCUUCACUCAAACCAAAAACAAGAAAAACACAUACACAAACUAGCAAGAAAAUGGCAAACAAGCUCUUCCUCGUCUGCGCAACUCUCGCUGUCUGCUUCCUCCUCACUAACGCUUCCAUCUACCGCACCGUCGUCGAGUUCGAUGAAGACGCCACCAACCCCAUGGGCCCAAGACAGAGAUGUCAGAGGGAGUUCCAGCAAUCACAGCACCUAAGAGCUUGCCAGGAAUUGAUGCGCAGGCAAAUGAGGCAAGGCCGUGGUGGUGACGAGUACGAUUGGGAAGAAGACAUGGAGAACCCACAAAGACGCCAGCAGGUACUCGAGCAGUGCUGCAACGAGCUUCGCCAGGAAGACCCAGCUUGCGUUUGCCCCACCUUGCAGCAAGCGGCCAGAUCGGUUAGCAUCCAGGGUCAGGGACAAGGACAGCAGAGACAAAGCCAAGCUAGGCAAGUUUACCAGACAGCCAAGCACUUGCCUAACGUUUGCCGCAUCCCGCAAGUUGAUGUUUGCCCCUUCCAGAUCCCUUCAGGCCCUUCUUACUACUAAAUUCCAAACAAAACCUUCAGAGUGUAUAUAGCACGAUGAUCAUGAGUGUGGCUGUUGAUUUUGUGUUAACACUACGCCGUUAUCGCGUGUUUUAUGAGAAAAUAUGUAAGCUUUAGGAUGUUCAUGAGGUUUGUUUAGCUCUGCUCCGUAAUAAAUGAGAGGUUUGUUUUCUGUUUUUCA